AUGGCUAUCCUUCCCAAACUCGGUGCCCGCACGAUCUCAACACCACCAACUCGCACUGCCCUUGCACGGCACGCAUCACAAGCUUCUCCUUUUUCUGCUUCUUCUGCACGCCGCUCAUAUGCCUCACAAGCCAGUCAGCAGUCAAAAUCGAGCGAGAUUCCAUGGAUGGUCGGUUCGAUCGUCAUAACCGUCCCAGCGCUAUUCUACCUAUUAAAAUCGGGGCCGGCGGAGACACUGCAUGAACUCAAGCCUCACAGAUCAAUUACAAACGAAAUAGAGAGACACGAGCAAGAGAAGGGAAUUCAAGACUCUAGGAAGAGUGAAAAGCCGUCGGAGCGAGAUCCGCCAAAGGCAAUCAGGCCACCAACUGAUCCUGGGAAAAACUCUGGCGCCCAGUCCGCUAAACAGCAAGGUCUUACCAAUACCGAGACUAAACAUCCCAGCUUGGAAACACCCGGCAAGAGUGUCAAAGCUGAGGGCGAAACGGAGACAGCUAAAGUCAUGGGGACAGUGUCCCCGGAGCGGGAUAUGACUAAGUCCAGUUAG